AUGUUGCAAAGAGCGGCAAGCAAUGCUUAUUCAUGGUGGUGGGCUAGCCACAUCAGAACAAAGCAAUCAAAAUGGAUGGAGCAAAACCUUCAAGAUCUGGAGGAAAAGGUGCAAAAUGUUCUGAAGCUCUUAGAGGAGGAAGGAGACUCUUUUGCCAAGAGAGCAGAAAUGUAUUACAAAAGGAGACCAGAGCUGAUAAGCUUUGUGGAAGAAUCAUUCAAGGCUUACCGAGCUUUAGCUGAACGAUAUGAUCACAUAUCAACAGAAUUGCAAAAUGCCAACAACACCAUUGCUUCUGUCUUUCCAGAUCGAGUCCCAUUGAUGGAUGAAGAGGAUUAUGAUGCAUCACCAAGGCCUCCAAGGAAAAUACCAGAAGGAUUCAAAACAAAUAUUCCAAAGCCUCCCCCUAAAGAUUUAAAAACCGUAGUAACAAAAGCAACAGCCACAAGGAAAUUUCAGUCCAAGAAGACAGCCACCUCAGGUGCUGCUACUCCUAAAGUUCCUAAAUCUGGAUUGAGCAGAAAUGAGGCACUUAGAGAGGUUGACAAGCUCCAGAAACAGAUUCUUGCUCUACAAACUGUGAAAGAGUUUGUAACGAGUUCUUAUGAUAAUGCCAUUGCUAGGUACUGGGAAACUGAGGAGCAAAUCAAGGAAUUGCAAGAGAGAGUUUCCAUUCUGCAAGAAGAACUAGGAGAAGGUGUUGUUAUUGAAGAUGACGAAGCCCGCCAUUUGAUGGCAGAAGCUGCUCUUAAAUCAUGCCAAGAGGCAUUGACACAGUUGCAAGAGAAACAGGAAAUAUCACUUGAUGUAACCAGGAUUGAGUCCAAAAGGGUGAAGGAUGUCGAAGCCAAGUUGGCCUCUCUCAUGAACGAGUUCCAUUAUGAUCAGAGCAAUUCGAAAGAGCCAAGCACCAAAAGAGAUGUAAAAGAAAUAGCAGCAACAAAGGACUUGGAAGAAAAUUUGGACAGAUUGACUCAGCAGAGACAGGAGUUGCAACAUUUAAAGGAGAACAUUAAAGAGCACUUUGAGACUGCCCCCAAUUCAUCACUCAGUGUGGCAGAAAUGGCAGAGAAGAUAGAUGAGCUUGUAAACAAAGUGAUCAGCUUGGAAACUGCAGUUUCAUCCCAGACUGCUCUAGUAAAGAGAUUGAGAUCAGAAACUGAUGAACUUCAUGACCAGAUCCGAACUCUGGAGAGUGAUAAGGAAAAUCUCAUAAAGGACAAAAAUAAAUUGAAUGACCAACUGAGAAAAAUGGAAGAAAAGGUGCAUGGAGUACAGGAUCUAAACCAAAUUGUUGAAGAUCAAAAUAGCAAUCUCCAAACACAUUUCACCGAAGCACAACGUGAUCUUCAUCAUCUCUCAGAGAAAGUCCAAAAUGUACAGCCAGGAGAGGAGGCUAAGGUCACAGAUUUAUCACAUCAGCAAAAGAAUCUACCAGGCCAAGCUGAAUCAAAAUAUGAGCCUGAAGGACAAGUUCCAUUGAAUCAAGAUGAUAUCUUGUUGAAUAAUAUGAAAUCAGAAAAGGAGCUCACCGCUAGUCUGGUGGAAGAUAAUGUAACAUCAGAUAACAAGCUUAAGGUCACUGGCUUGCCAGAAAAUGGUGUACCCGCUAACGAACUCAAGGUCACCGGUUCACCAGAAAAUGAUGUGAAGGAAGUAAAUGAGGUUAAGGUCCCCAGUUCCUCAGAAAUGGAAGGUGCAUCCCCAUUGGAAAACAAAUCUCCAAAAGGGUUAAAAGAACAAAAGAAGACUCUAAAUCCUGGCAAUGAUGAUGAAAAAGCAACAGUUGCUCUGAGCAGUACUACAGAAAAUCAGGAAGUCAACCGGCACCCGGCAAGCAACAAGGCAGAUAGUUCUUCGGAGAGUAUUGAGAAACAGCAAGAAAAUUAUGAUAUGCAAAGUUCAUCUGAGAGAGAGAAUGCUCUCAAAAUUGAUCCCGAGAAGCAGGAAACUGCACAAAAAGAUGAACCUGAUUGGCAACAAUUGUUUAUGAGUGGAAUGCAGGACAGAGAACAUGUUCUGCUGACUGAGUAUACUAAUACUCUUCGGAAUUACAAAGAUGUGAAGAAGAAGCUCGCUGAAAUAGAGAAGAAAAAUCAAAACAACUUUGGUUCAUCUUUGCAGCUGAAAGAACUGAAGACAGCUAAUGCCAUGAAAGAUGAAGAAAUAAGGCUUCUGCGUCAGAAACUAGGUCUCCUGCAGAGAAGCUUGGAGGGAAAUGAGGAUUUGACAGAUUCAACUUCAGUAUUGCCAACAGAAAAUAACAACUUUGAGGAACUUUUUAAAAUUCAACAACCUGAAUGUACAUCAGCCAUUGAAGAGAAAUUCCGGUCAAAUAUGGAUGAAAUUCUAGAGCAGAACUUAUAUUUUUGGUUAAAGUUCAGUGCUUAUUUCUCUGAGAUACAGAAGUUUGAAACCACUAUAAAAGAUUUGCGUAUGGAUUUAUCAAAAUUUGAGGAAAAAGGGAAAUCAUCAGAGGGCAGUGGUAGCAUAAAAUAUUCUAUAAAAUCAGAUGCGAGACCGAUUUAUAAACACCUCACAGAUAUCCAAACUCAAAUAACAGUCUGGAUGGAAAAAAGUGCCUUGCUGAAAGAAGAACUGCAAUGUAAAUUCUCAUCUUUGUGUGACAUCCAAGAAGAGAUAACAGCAGCAUUGAAAGCCAGUGCUGAAGAUGAUGACUUCAGGUUCACAAGCUACCAAGCUGCCAAGUUCCAAGGUGAGGUUUUGAACAUGAAACAGGAAAACAACAAGGUUGCUGAUGAACUUCAAGUGGGUCUAGAUAUUGUAACAUCUCUCCAACUAGAAGUUGAACGGGCUCUUGUGAACUUGAAUGAUCAAUUUGGAUUCUCAGCAUCAAAGCGACAACAAAAUGGCCAGCUGAGACAAUCAGAAACUCGGGCCAAGGUUCCUCUGAGGUCAUUUAUCUUUGGCCCCAAACCAAAGAAACAAUCUAUUUUCUCCUGCAUGACCCCUGGAAUGCAUAGGAAAUACCGGGCUGCCUAGGAGUAGAACUCAUACGUAAAAUAUUUUUAGUUCCCUACUGUAUUUUUUUUAAUUUUUCAUCUCUUUCUGAAAAUUCUUUUGCCAGUUAUAUUAGGUUGUGUAUUAAGAGUGCCCUUGCUUCACAGAAAGGUAAGAUAAUCAUUUUUCAUUUUUUCUUGUCCAUAAGUUGGUUAAGUAUGAUAAGAUGUAGUAUUUGGUUUACACUUCUCUUUAUAUUUUGAGCAACUUUUAGGGUAACUGGCCAAUGACAGUUUUGUGGCUUUCAAUCCAGUCUUAACUAGAAUGGUAGUUUGUAUUUUGUAACAUUAUUAAAUGGCAAUCACUUAUUCAACACCCCCCC